CGUGAUUUUGAACAACAAGAUGUCCGUGAACUGGUGUAAAUUGAGUCACUUUUCUACGUUGUUUUCAUGGGAUUUUGGCUUGCAAAGGAGGCUUGUUUUGGACGCUGUUUAAGAUCGAUGCAUCUUACAGGGGAAUUUCAUCUUUUAUGGAGAAAAUAAUUACAGUUAAGCAAGAACCUAUUGAUGAUGCAUAUCCAACACCACUAUCAACCACAACAACAACAACAAAAACAACAGCAUCAACUACCAGUAUCACAACAGCAGCACAGAAUGUAACCACAAAAACCACAGCUGUGGUCACCAUACCUUCAGGAACGGUGGUAACAGGAACAGGACCUGUAACAACUGUGCCUGCAUCAGAACCUCAAAUAUUUUUCAUACAGCCCAAACCAGAAGUUCAGAAACAGCAAUGUGCUGGUACACAAGCUACUACUAUAGCAACAACAGUGGCAAGGACGAUUACAACAGCUGCCCAGUCAAAGCCUCCCUUAGUAGUCAUUUCUGGUAGUCCCAUUAAGCUGACACCCUUAUCAAGAGGAGGUGCAGCUCUUACAGGUGCACAGACAAACUCCAGUUCCACUGGCAAUAUAACAUGCACUUUAGUUCAUGUACAGCCAUUUACAAAUAAACAGCACAUUGCUCCUAAAACAGGAAGUUCUCCAAGCAAGCAAACUAUUCCAGUGCAGCUCCAAAAAUUGGUCCCCAUUAGUGUUGCAACUUCAUCUUUGACAAAGGUACAAACAGGCACGGCCCCUCAAUUCACAAUAGCUGCACCUGCUGGGUCUGUCUCUGGCAUGCGGCACAUUGCUCCCAAAGUGAACCUUGUAUCAGCAGUUCCAACAGGACAGGCUGUUCAAUUAACAACACCUACAGUGCAAGUCAGAAACAUUGCUCCUGCUGUGGAGAAGACUGCUCAAGUUCCUCAGCAGCUGGCACCAAAGCCAGUCCAGACUCAAGUAGCCAGCGGUGGUCAGCAACAAAGACUCAUUGUCCCAGCCUUGCCUUCUACAUUACCUCAGAUAGCAACAACAGGAGCUUCAGGCAGCCUUCAGUUUCCCCAUGGUGUAAUUAGUGGUGGGGUAGUUUAUCUCCCUCAGCAAGCUCUUGCUUCUGGAGGUUUUCCUAUUGCAGUACCUUUACAGGCUAAUGCCAUUAAUACUCAAGCACAAGGAGGAAUGACUGUUAAUGGCAGUUCUCCUGAAUCAUCACCUCCCAACAGACCUCGGAAGCCUUGUAACUGCACAAAGUCACAAUGUCUUAAAUUGUACUGUGAUUGUUUUGCAAAUGGAGAAUUCUGUAGCAAUUGUAAUUGUGUCAAUUGCUCUAACAAUAUGGACCAUGAAAAGGAGAGGAGCAAGGCCAUUAAGGCUUGUUUGGAGAGGAAUCCUCAAGCUUUUCACCCUAAAAUUGGUAAAGGAAGGGGUGAUUCUGAUAGGCGGCAUAACAAAGGUUGUCAUUGUAAGCGUUCAGGAUGCCUCAAGAACUACUGUGAAUGUUAUGAGGCCAAGAUUUUAUGUACAAAUCUUUGUAAAUGCACAGGAUGUAAGAAUUUUGAGGAAAGUCCCGAGAGGAAAACUCUCAUGCACUUAGCAGAUGCUGCAGAGGUUCGUGUAAAGCAACAGAAUGCUGCCCGAACCAAGUUGGAAUCUCAAAUAGAAGACCUCCCAUCCCGCCCAACUUUCUUAACAAACUCUGGAGAAAGACUUCCCUUCUCGUUUGUAACAGAUGAAGUGGUACAAGUAACCUGUCAGUGUCUCCUGGAGCAAGCCUCAGAGGCAGAAAAUCUGGGACAGUCCCAGGCAGAGAUAGAAAAAAUGAUUCUUGAAGAAUUUGGCCGGUGCUUGCUGCAGAUUAUCCACACGGCGAAUGGGACGAAAGAAUGAUUCCUGUUCUUGGUCGUCCAGCCAAUCCUGCGUGCAGGGACUGCGUUUAAGUUAUCACCCAUUUGCGGAUUUUAUUAUGUCUUUUUUCCGGCUCUGGAAACUAGACAUCGUCGUCUGAAUUUUUAACUCGUACCUAUAGUAGUGUAAAUAGAAAGUUUGCAACAUUUUCGCCUGUUAACAAUUUUGAACGCUCAGUGUAAAUAUAAUGCUGUGUUGACUAAACUUGCUAUCCUUGUGGUGCGCAUGUUGCGCGGGACACCCGAGGGCCCUCUGAGGAAAACCCGUGGACACAAGAAUCACUAGGAAACGUCUGGGACGUUAAAGAAUUUUUAUGGGAUAGGCGUAUGUGAGUUCUUGUAACUGAUCUUCUCUGUACGUCAUGUGUAUUUCAACUCAAUUCACUGUUGUUUGUUGUUGUCUAUCCAGGAAUAAAAGUCUGUUAAUAUAUAUA